UUCUCUCUAUAUUACUCACCCUCUCUAGCCCUCCUCUUUCUCGAUCUCUCUAGCCAUCCUUCCGGCGAUGGUUGCCUUCCUCCUACCUGUGGAGUUCCUUGGCAUGGUUAUUUCCCCCUGUGUUGUUGAUUUGAGCCGCAAGGGGCUCUCUCAAUGUAUCUGCUUUGGCUUACCGGGGAAAAAAUAUUGUGGCAACUUGAGAAGGCGAGCCAGAUGGGGAUUGCAAGCUCCCUCAUGUACAAAGUGGUUGCUUGCUGCCCAAUCUGUCAGGAAAGCGAGCAAGCACCCGUGGCUUAUGUUUAUCCCAAAAUCGCACGAUCUCUGCGAAUUCCACAACCCUACUGACUGCAUAUCCUAUUACCUCAAAGUGCCGGCAAUGAAGAGCAGCGUUGUCUACUAUUGCAAAGAUGAUUGGAUUCUCUAUUUCAGAUACGCCAACUUCGCCUUCUUGCGUCAUAUUCUCAGUAACACAAGGGUGGGGCAACACCGUCUGUAUCAGCAUUUGCCGUCCUACAGAUAAAGAAUGGAAGAACUACAAAUUCAAUAUUCUGUCGCAGGCUGGCCAAUUGGGUUUCAAACAGAUAGCUUACUAUGAAGGUACUUUCUGGUGUCUGAACAAAAGAGGUUAUUUGGGAUUUUUCGAUGUUGAAAAGUCUGCUUGGGGUAUCCUUCCUGCCCGCCUUGCUGCUCAGCAUCCAAGCAUUCUUUUCAAAUCGAUGUUCAUUGCAACAUAUGAGGGAAAUGUGUAUAUGGUCUGCUCUUUCUACUUUUCGGCAAAACCGGCUAUAUACAAGCUAAACAUUUAAAAAUGGCAUUGGGAUUUCGCUGAAGGUUUAGGUGAGUUAUCCUACUUCGCAAACCCUGUGAACUCCCAAAUCAGGGGUAAAGUGCUUGGGAGAAGGAGGGAACACUGUAUUCACUUCUCCAAAGUCUUGUACUAUGGGAAGCAAAUUGUUACUUAUUCGAUGAGCGACAGGAGGUUCUAUCCAUCGAAGAAAUGCUAUGAUUGGGAGGAGAAAGAUGCUUUUCAGAAUGUCUGGAUUGAUGCUCCUGAGGACACUUCAGUCUUCCUUUGAGUUGCUUGCCUUCUGGAUCGAUGUCUUCUUUGCAGGUAGCGAAUUUCUCGUAUGUCGCCGCCUCUGCUGUUUCUUUUAUGUUAUCUAUAGUAAGCUCCGUGGACAGAUUUGGAUUUGAAACUUAUUUGUGCAGUGUUUGUUGUUGUUGUAGGUUGCUAUAUAUUGUAAUAUAGCAAUGUUUGUUGUGAGAUUUGGGAUUGUUUGUUGUGACAUUUGGGAUUGUUUGUUGUUUUAUUAAUUUCAUUUGAUGUUGCUA